GCCUUCCAGCAUGAAAGCCUUCAGCCCGGUGCGGUCCGUCAGAAAAAACGGCCUCUCGGAGCACAACCUGGGCAUCUCCCGGAGCAAAACCCCCGUGGAUGACCCCAUGAGCCUGCUGUACAACAUGAAUGACUGCUACUCCAAGCUGAAAGAGCUGGUGCCCAGCAUCCCGCAGAACAAGAAAGUGAGCAAGAUGGAAAUCCUGCAGCACGUUAUCGACUACAUCCUGGACCUGCAGAUCGCCUUGGACUCGCACCCCAGCAUCGUCAGCCUCCACCACCAGAGACCCGGGCAAAACCCUUCCUCCAGAACUCCUCUGACCACCCUAAACACAGACAUCAGCAUCCUCUCGCUACAGGCGUCCGAGUUCCCCUCAGAGCUCACGUCAAGCGACAGCAAAGCACUUUGUGGCUGAAUCAAACGGUGUUCCACUGAGGUUUUUUUUUUUGCACAAGAAAAUGUCUACAGGAUUUUUUUUUUGCGGUGCUGAAUUUAUUUUUCAGCUGUAUCUGGAGGGGAAAAUCCACAUCUAACUAAAAGGACCUUUUAAAAUUAAUAAAGAAGAAAAAAAUCAAGAUUGAUCUUUAUCCCCACCCCAUUCUUCAACUUGGACUGAACCUAGUUAUUUAUGAAGAGACUCUUAAAUACCCUUUCCCUAGUUGGAAGGCUUCCUUUAUAUACUAUUCCCAACGUGGGGAGCGAAGCAAAAAUCUCACAAGGAGUUGCCCAUUUUAAACCAGACUUUGCCUUUUUUUCCAAAGGUGGAGCGUGAGUACCAGAAGGAUCCAGUGUUCAGUUUUUUAGGAAAGUCUGUGGUCAGAAAUUACCUUUUUGACACAAACCUAGGACUGAAUGCUGUGUAUAUAUUUAUAU